AUGUCUGCCUUUCAUGAUUUUUCAGGCACGUUCCGCUGGCCCUCUACACACGCUCAGCAGGUCUAUGCCGAGUCGAGAAAGUAUGCAGAUAUCAUUAAGAUGAUCACUAUCAUCAAUGAUCACCACGAAAACUUUGAGCUCGAGUAUUUCCGCUCCAAGAUGAGGGCCGAAUACCCAGAUUCACCUCCGUUUUCUGGUGUAAACAUGGGGGAGACUGGGCAAUUCUCGAGAACCCUCAACCGCGUCUUCACUCCUAUCACGCAUCCGCUGCUACCCAUCGUGGCCGCUCCCGGUCAGAUGAGCGCGUCUGAGAUCAACGCGGCCCUGGCGUUGCUGGGACAACUUCCAAAGAAGACUAUCUGGGGGAUCACCAGCCCGUCGUUCAGGAGCUGCAUCCCGCAGGCCCCCUUUUAUGAGAAGUGCUUCAACGAGCUAGGCUUGCCCCACCAUUUCGCUGUCGUGGAACGCCAACCGAAUAAUAUAACGAGCAUGGAGGCCUGGUGUAACCAAAAGAACUUUGGGGGUGCUUACCUGAGUCCCCCGAUCUCGUGGACCAGCCUUUUGAAGCACAGCCCUUUCUUUGCCUCUCUCAACCAGGGCAAAGGACCCGAACUCACCGAGGCCGCUCGCGUCAUCGGGACUGUCGAUACCAUCGUCGUCAAGACGGGCUCGUCAUCUUCGGCCUCUUCAGCGCCGCCGUCGAUCCCCUCAAGCCCACGCAAUUACGACGCCUUCAACAACUACACUCCCGGCGCGUCGAUCCUUCCAGCCAACACCUCCCUUGUCCUAGACAAUGCCAGCUGGAGGGGUAUCUUGAGUGCUCUGACCCGUGAUCUGGCGCCGUCUGCCUACUUCGGUCGAUCUGCCGUUGUGUUGGCCUCGUCAGGUGACGAUGCGGCAUCGGUCAUGUUCGCACUCAGAGCGCUGCGCAUCGGUAAGAUAUACACUGUUGGGUUCCGGACCCCCUCAGCGCUUGCCAGAGAGGGCCCAGCUAUCGAACCGUUCAACAGCCUCGAAAGUCUGCAAAGAGCUCGCAUGGUUGGUGAUGACGCCGCGCCCUUUGUCAUUGUGUCAGCUCUGGGGCCUGAAAAGAGCAACCUCGUUGGCAUGUUGAUUCGCGUCUUUGGUGCAAACGGACGUGGGGGCUCGAACAAUACUCGCAAAGUCUUUUUGGAUCUCGCGGACACGGCAGGUAUCAGGAAGGGCGGAGACCCAAGCAUUGUCGCCGAGCAGAGUGGCUUCUCGGCUUAUGGCUCGGCAGACACGGCGGCUUUCACCACAGUCGAGACCCUCAGGCUGCUCGUCGGUCAGAACGUGCCCUAUAGUUUCGUUCGUCUUGCCAGCGGUCGAAGCUUGUUCUGA